AUGCUGCCCGCGCGCGUCCGUCUGCUCACGCCCCACUUGCUGCUCGUGUUGGUGCAGUUGUCCCCGGCCGGCGGCCACCGCACCACCGGCCCCAGGUUUCUAAUAAGUGACCGUGACCCUCCGUGCAACCCCCACUGCCCCAGGACUCAGCCCAAGCCCAUCUGCGCGUCUGACGGCAGGUCCUAUGAGUCCAUGUGUGAGUACCAGAGAGCCAAGUGCCGAGACCCUGCCCUGGCCGUGGUCCAUCGAGGUAGAUGCAAAGAUGCUGGCCAGAGCAAGUGUCGCCUGGAGAGGGCUCAGGCCUUGGAACAAGCCAAGAAGCCCCAGGAGGCUGUGUUUGUCCCAGAGUGCAGCGAGGAUGGUUCCUUCACACAGGUGCAGUGUCAUACGUACACAGGGUACUGCUGGUGUGUCACCCCAGACGGGAAGCCCAUCAGUGGCUCGUCCGUGCAGAAUAAAACUCCUGUAUGUUCAGGUCCAGUCACCGACAAGCCCUUGAGCCAGGGUAACUCAGGAAGGAAAGAUGAUGGCUCUAAACCCACGCCCACGAUGGAGACCCAGCCUGUGUUCGAUGGAGAUGAAAUCACAGCCCCUACCUUAUGGAUUAAGCACUUGGUAAUCAAAGACUCCAAAUUGAAUAACACCAAUGUAAGAAAUUCAGAGAAAGUCCAUUCUUGUGACCAGGAGAGACAGAGCGCCCUGGAAGAGGCCCGGCAGAAUCCUCGAGAGGGCAUUGUGAUCCCCGAGUGUGCUCCUGGUGGGCUCUAUAAGCCGGUGCAAUGCCACCAAUCCACGGGCUACUGCUGGUGCGUCCUAGUGGACACAGGGCGCCCAUUGCCGGGGACUUCCACACGCUAUGUGAUGCCAAGUUGUGAGAGUGACGCCAGAGCCAAGAGUGUAGAGGUGGAUGACCCUUUCAAGGACAGGGAGUUACCAGGCUGUCCUGAAGGGAAGAAGAUGGAAUUUAUCACCAGCCUGCUGGAUGCCCUCACCACAGACAUGGUUCAGGCCAUUAACUCAGCAGCGCCCACUGGAGGUGGGAGGUUCUCAGAGCCAGACCCCAGCCACACCCUGGAGGAGCGGGUGGCACACUGGUACUUCAGCCAGCUGGAUAGCAACAGCAGUGAUGACAUUAACAAGCGGGAGAUGAAACCGUUCAAGCGCUAUGUGAAGAAGAAAGCCAAGCCCAAGAAGUGCGCCCGGCGCUUCACCGACUACUGUGACCUGAACAAGGAUAAGGCCAUCUCGCUGCCUGAGCUGAAGGGCUGCCUGGGUGUUAGCAAAGAAGCUCAGUGGCUGCUUCUGAAUGGACACGGAGGCAGGCUAUCCUGAUCUGCUUCCUGG